CGGCGACGGCGUCCGACGCGCGUUCGCGACGAUGGCGAGCGAGCGCGAGGGAUUGUUGCGAACGAACGAACGCGCGACGACGACGACGGCGAACGCGCGCGACGACGACGAGGACGCGGCGACGCGCGCGGCGUGGACGAGGACGCGCGACGACGAGGAUGGCGACGAGGGUGUUACGCGCGCGAGGGCGAGGACGCGGACGCGCGCGUCGCGCGCGCGGGCGUUCGGGAUGGCGUUCGUCGCGUUGUGCGCGCUCGUGGGGGGGCUAGCGCUCGUGAAAGCGGAACGAGCGCGCGGGGCGGGGAGGAUCGAUCGCGCCGCGCUCGGCGGCGCGGCGAGGGCGCAAAACGCGCCCGGACACGUGCCGGGAUUGGCCGAACACGUCGAGAGCGUGACGCGGAGCACGAAGUUUCGGGCGAUUACGUUCUGUAAUAAGUCGUAUUGGACGUUCGCGCACGCCUUGCUGGAGUCGAUGAAGGCUGUGGCGCCGUCCAUCGUGGACUUUUGGACAGUCAUCGUUCCGGACGAGGCGACGAAGGAGUUCAUCGAAAAGGAAACGGCGGGGGCGGGGCACAAGAUUGACGUCUACGUCGACGAUGACUUACGCAAGCAAGUCGCGAAGUUUGCCGAAGCGAGCAAAGAAGAGCUCAAGUCGAUGCUGUCGUGGCGGCGCGUGCACGCGGUGCAAACGCUCGUGGACAACGACUACACGGUGAUGUUCCUCGAGCCCGACGCGGUGAUGCAAAAGAACCCUUUGCAGCUCAUCCACGACCAGCUCACGACGAACGAUCUCGUGCUCGGGGCGGACUACGGCUUAGGGACGACGGCGCGCAAGCACGCGAACACAAAGGUGAUCGUGGCCAAGCCUUCCGUGCAAGGGAAGAAGCUGCUCAACGUCUGGCAGCGCGCCGAACAGACGUACUCGGGCGAUAAGGCGGAGGUUGGGUUCCUUCUUAACGACGUCAUCCCGCACAUCGACGCCCUGACGGCAAAGAUACAAAUCCUGGACCAGACCGUCGUCGGAAACUACCUCACCCACCACGAAAAAGCCGGGCAAGCCAUCGUCACGGGGAUGGGUUGCGACAACGUCGAUUUCAAAAUAAACUUUAUGGCGCAGUUGUUGCGACACGUCCAACCGGACGAUCCGAACGCCCCGAAGAGCGCGAUAGAUUACGAAGGCGUCUCCGCGGGAUGCGACUACGCGGGCCGAGAGAAAGUCUUCAAAAUUUCGAACGAGUUCGCAAAGAAGAAGAUGGCGGCAAAGUUGGGAUCGAACAAGGCGACUUCGAGCGAUGAGUAAACGACAGAGAGUACGCACGCGCGCGACGGUCUC